UGUGGUGGUAGAAUCAGCCAAGUCUGCGCGAAUCCCAGUAAUCGAGUUUAGCAACUCAGCGAGUCGAAGAGUGAUUUUUCUGAGCGAGUGCCAGCUGCAGCUUCGGCGGCAACGAAAGGACUAGAAAGUGAUUGACUUGAGCGGCUUGAGCGCAGCAUGCGAAAUCCUGCGGCGAGCCUCUGAUACAAACUAAUUAACAAAAGCACAAACAGCACUCAGCAGAAAGUGUUUGCACUUCGGAUCUUAAAAAAGGCAACGAGAAACCGAAAGGAGCAGCAGCAUUAUGACGAUGAACUACCACAACUACAACAGCAGUUCGCGGUUCGAGAUGGUCGUGGAGAUAGCCAACAUUGCGCUGGACGAGUUCAAGACGCACCACAUCUCGCGGAACUACACUGGCCUGGUCCAGCGCUACUACCAACUGGUGGAGGAGGAUUACGGCGAUCCGCGUGCUGAACGCUUCCCGUUGAUGGAGCAUCCUAUGUUCACGUUCGGCCUGGUGGCCAUCUACCUCUCCUGGGUCCUCGUCUUCGGGCCACUCUUUAUGCGCGAUCGCAAGCCCUUCCAGCUGCGCCGCACCCUGGUCAUCUACAACGCCUUCCAGGUGGCCCUCAGCGGCUACAUGUUCUACGAGCACCUGAUGGCCGGCUGGCUGAACUACUACAAUCUGAAGUGCCAACCGGUCGACUACUCCGAUGGUCCCAGCUCCAAGAGGAUGCUCAACCUAUGCUACCUUUACUACCUGUCCAAGCUGACCGAGUUCGCCGACACUGUGUUCUUUGUGCUGCGCAAGAAGUCCAGUCAGAUCACCUGGCUGCAUGUGUACCAUCACUCGGUGACGCCGCUGGAGACCUGGGUGCUGGUCAAGUUCCUGGCAGGUGGAAACGCCACGUUCCCGAAUCUGCUGAACAACUUCGUCCAUGUGUGCAUGUACUUCUACUACAUGAUGGCCGCCAUGGGACCCGAGUACGCCAAGUUCCUGUGGUGGAAGAAGUACAUGACCGAGCUGCAGAUCGCCCAGUUCGUGCUGUGCAUUGUUCACACCACCCGUGCCCUCUUCAGCAACCAGUGUCAGUUCUCCAAGUUCAUCUCGGCCCUGCUCCUGCUGAACGCCUCCAUUUUCUUCUGCCUCUUCAUGAACUUCUACAUGCAGAGCUACAGGAAGUCCAAGGCUGCGCAGCAGCAACUGGAGCAGCAGCAGCAGCAACAGCUCACCUCCAAGGCGGACAGCAACAACAACACGGCGAUGGCAAUGCAGAAGCUGAAAGCCCACUAAAACGGACUCAGCUCGACAGGGGGAACUACUUGUAAUAAUGUGUAAACUGAAAACAGAUUGGUGUUGGCAACAGACGAAAAACGGAUGAAACGUUUGAAGUAGUUUUGGUACAAAGGUUUCAACUAACGCUAAGCUAAGCUUAAGAGCCAUAAACACAAGCAUGCACACACAGAGAAGCGCCGGCUGACGACCGAUCGAUGAACAGGAACAGGCGAACACGGGGCGUAUGCGCAAUCUGAUCGUCCCCCCCAGCCUCUGGCCAGCUUUGCUUGACCGCUUUGCUUGCCCUUGCCGCUGCAUCCAGCCAGCCGCUUCUGCAUUCUGUACUUUCUGUAUCCGCAUGUGGAACUGUACAACAAACUGGGUCACUUUUCGAGAUCUGCCUAGAGUGUAAGUCGCCUAAUUCUAGAACCUCACAAACGAAACGCGUUUAGAUUUAAUUGAAAAGGGCGCCUGGCUGCCCGCCCGUAGUCAUAAGAGAUAAUUGUAAUUGUGUAUAGACGAUUUGUAAAUAGCCUGUUAAAUGUUAAUGUUAAAUAUUUGUAGUCCUAAGCCAACUAGUCUAACUUACAAAAUUCGCACGAACAAAUACGGCGCGAGCACGAAAUUAAAAGCGAAGACAAAUAAAAGCGAAGAAAAGACAAAUUUUAAAAAACCAA